CUGAUAUGCUAUUUUUUUUAAUGAAUUUUCAGGGAUGAUGUAGCGUAUUAAUUUGCCUUUAGUCCCUCGAGACAUGGACAGGCUGAAACUGCUGUCCUUACUUAUUUGGUUUAACAGUCAUGGCUACGUAUGGUGUUUGGAUUGCCAAACAAAUGUGGCACUCGUUGAAAUAAUGGAAAAGAGUAAUUGUAAUCGUCAGUGCGAAUAUCCACCGCAGCCUAAACAUUGUAAAUUUGAGUUCAAUGUUACUUGGACCAACUCAAUGGGAUCGUCCUGUCUGGAUUGCCCAACCACUUUGAAGCACUGCUACAAACACAAUUGCAUACCAAUUGAAGGGUCUGUUAGACCUGUGAUAGUUACCAAUGACAUAUCACCAGGACCUAGUAUACAGGUUUGCUAUGGUGAUACAAUUCGAGUGAAGGUUCAAAAUGAUCUGCAAGAUGCUGGUGGAUUGUCGAUCCACUGGCACGGUAUACAUCAAGUCAACACCAACUGGAUGGACGGCGUGUCAAUGGUUACUCAGUGCCCAAUAGCACGCGCGUCAUCAUUCGUAUACAAGUUCAAAGCCGAUCCGCCUGGAACUCACUGGUGGCACUCACACACGGGCCUACACAGAGGAGAUGGCAUGUACGGCUCAUUGAUCGUCCGGCUACCAAAAGAAUCAGAGUUUAACGGGAAUAAUUACGACUUUGAUCUAUCGAAUCACGUUCUGCUCAUAAACGAUUGGACAAGUAAUCUAGUAUUAAAUAAUUUUGCUCAGUCCCUUGAUCCCGGCAAACCGACUUCUCUACACACGCUUACAAUCGUUGCAAACGGAAAAGGAAGAAACGUGGAAUUUAAUGACAUAAAUGAAAAGACUAUAUACACUCCGAGAGAGGUGUUUGAAGUGGAGAAUGGGAUGAGGUAUCGUAUGCGAGUAAUAAACGCCGCGUUUGGUCAAUGUAACAUACUGGUCGCUGUGGAGUCACAUCCAUUGGUUAUCAUUGGCACAGAUGGUUAUGAGGUAAAACCAGUAGAGACACAAUCCUUCACCAUCGUCCCAGGUGAAAGGAUAGAUUUUGUGUUAACAGCCUCAAAUACACCAUCUUCUUACUGUAUAUUUCUUGAUGGUUUUCCUACAAACCAAUGUGGAAGCAGCGGGACGGCCAUCUUGAAAUAUAAAGGUGCCAGCCACGAAGAACCUGACUGUUAUAGAAAACCAACUGGUGCUGCGGUUUUCUCAACUAUCCAUUUUGAUAAUACGAUUUCCAUUGGCUCCGAAGAAUACUAUUCUCUUCGUGACACACACUCUCUUGUGCCAGUAGAUCCUGAUUUAUACAACGUUGAUGAGCAAUACUAUAUCACUUUGAACUCUCUUGUGUCAGCAAUACGUAAGGAAAAUGGUCAGCUCAUCCAAAUUUCUGGAAUGGUACUCCAGAUGGACAAUGUGGAAUUUAAGUUCCCGCCGCAUCCUUUGGUAAACCAGGACAUUAGUAACAUCGAUAUUUGUCACGUUAACCAGGAGAAAUAUUAUCAGUCGUGCAAUGCCAGUAGUUGCUAUUGUACCAACCUUAUGAAAAUAGAACUUGGCAAGGUUGUAGAGUUUGUUGUCAUCAACAAUGUGAAUAUCGUUCCACAUCCGAUGCAUUUGCAUGGUCACUCAUUUCGAGUCCUAGGUCAGCAAAAUCUCAAUGACACACUAGACCGGGAAAACAUAAUUGAGCUUGACAAAAGAGGAAAGCUACAGAGAAUAAACAUAGAGGAAACAGUCGUUAAAGACACGGUGAAUGUUCCACAAUACGGUUAUACCAUUAUCAGAUGGAAGGCUCAAAAUCCUGGCUUUUGGUUCUUCCAUUGUCACGUAGACUACCACUCUGAAUCCGGCAUGACAAUGAUAAUUCAGGUUGGAGAUCAAGAUGAGAUGCCACAACCUCAUGCCGACUUCCCAACCUGCGGGCCAUGGUCUCCUGAUUAAUUUCCAGAAGUGCGGUAUCAUCAGGAUCUGAGUGAACACAAUG